CGUGUGGACGGACUUUCACACGGAGUGGAUUUCCUUAUUUGAUGAUCGAUUCUCCCGAUGGGAAGUCCGCGUCCCGUUUUUAUUUAGACUAAAGUGAUUAAGGGCUGAAACACGACGUGGUCAAGUGACACUCUCGGAGCGUUUCAAAAAGCCCUAGAAACUUUUGUUUUGAUAAAAAAAUGAACCCCGUUUAUUUGUUCAAUUGACAAUCAGUGGGUCUGCAGACGUACUUUGCGGAGAUUAAGUAUGUGUACAUACGGAAAUUUGAGAGUGUGCGGUGGGUUGUGUACAACGAUAUAAAGUUGAGUGAACUAGCUACUCCUGUAUUGCAAGAUCAUCAUCUGGUGGCAAACUCUAGUUCGUGUGAUAUCGCUGUGAGAAAGCAAAAGUUUACGAAAAUUGUAGCCUGUGGCUUUACAAGAUCGCUCGUCUUGAAGGCAUAACCCAAGAGCAGGACAAGCGAAUAGCCAUUUAAUUCUUCCCUGCAUUCCUUUCCAAGCCUGCCGAAUUUGAGUGAGAAUAAUAAAGAAUCAAAGAGACAAUGUACACCUUGAAAUUGCAGGUUGUUUUGGCGUUCGCCAUCUUUAAAAACGUGUGCAAUUGCGUGCCGUUGAGCAGGAAAGUGGCAAAGCCCACACAAGCACCGAAGUUCAUGUGGCGUUUGUAUGAAAAAUUUCGCAGCAACAGCCAUCCAUUCUCGAAAAUCGUCCACAGCAACAGAGCUAUUGGGGUAAAACGAUCCAACUCGACAUUCGAAGCAACCUUCACAGAUUUGGAAUUUCUUCAGACGGAGAACUUGAAACGCGCGAGACUUCGCGUCAACUUCUCGCAACUGUUGCAUUGUAAACGUCCUCGUUUAAACUUUCGUGUCGUGGACAAAAAGAGCGGGCGAGUUCUCGGUGAUUACGCCACAUCGUUGCGUCACUCUGGUGUCCACACGAUUGGUGUGACAGAAGCUAUCAAGAAAUUGACCACGCGUCACCUCAUCGACGGCGUUAAAAUAAAAAUCACCUUUCUUGAUCAUCGGGAUCAUUGCUCCAAGGUAGUCAACGCUCUCAGUGGCAAAGUAUACUUGGUGACGAACACGGACGAAUUGGUGAGGAGAGUGGAACGAAGCGUUUCCGUGGCUGAUAACGAUCGCCUACCGUAUGUGCACCAAAGUUCUUUCGAUUCCGCAACGAGUCUGAUGCGAAGAUGGAAGCGUGCUAAACCGACAUGUGAUAUGACGCGAGUGAAAGUGAAUCUCAAGAAUGCAAAGAAUUCAACAUUUAUUCUCCCCGAGUCAUUUAAAACUGGGAUUUGCGGGCGACAUAGGCCCACCAUUUUGUCGGGCGCGGAUGCAAUGUUGAAGCAAUUGGCCGUAGCCAUAACAAAUACCAUAAAAAGCUUACCGCGCAGUAAAAACUCGCCGUGUUGCGCACCCUCCAAGUUUGAAAAGCUUACAGUGCUGUACUACGAUCAAAAAGACAAGCGCAUGCAACACGUGGUUUUACGUCACGUGGAUAAGGUGAAGGUGGUAGGCUGCGCAUGCUCUUGAAAAGUUCUGAAUACAUUUGUACAUAUAUCCGAAUUACAAUCCUUUUGAUAGAAAACUAUACAAGCAAGAUGCUGGAUAGGCGAAAGAAAGCGUUCUAUUUGUUCAGCAACAUGACAUUAACAUUGUAUUUAAUAAAUUGUCAAUCCAGUACAGCUCCUUGAAACACUAAGAAUAGAGCGAAACAACCUUAUUUAAAUAAGCAAAUAAGAUCUUUAUAUUUUACUCAAAAUGCUUUGUUGAAGUAUCAAGUAACGAUAUUGACUUUGGAUAAAACAGUUUCUCUAAAAUGUUUGCAUUUCGUACGAAAUUUAGUAUUUAUUAAGAAAUGUAAAUAAAAUAAAAGGACUACCAGCUAUGAUUAGCUGGCAAAAAAUUUUAA